CCACCGGCUUGGAUUAUUUGAUCAAGCAUUUUAGCCUGGCUGCAAGACACCUUUCAUGGCAGUCGCGUGGUCCCACUAGCCACGGCCGGGAACUGACAUGUAAUUAGCGCAUUAUCUGCCUUUAUUAGCCAGAUGUCUUCAUACUGAUCCCACAGUUCGAUUGAGGAUAUAGGCUACUUGACUACUAUGCCGGCGAAGAAACACCGCGUCGCGAGGCUCUGUUCAUAAUUUGCUCACUGGUUCAUUGAUACUGGUACCACAUCGACUGAUUUUACGUCUAUUUCGGUGAAAAACAGACUCAUAUCUGAAAUUGAGGUUAAGAGUUGUUCAGGGAAAUAGGCGCGAUGGCCAAUGCCUCCACAGACCUGGACAACGCGGAGGCCCAGCGCCAGCUCAACAACAACAAUACCCGUCUGGCCAGCAGCUCGGGACACUGGGAAACCGAGGUCACCAGCUCCAAACUGUUUGAGUGUUCCCGCAUCAAGGCCUUGGCAGAAGAGAGAGAUGCUGUCCAGAAGAAGACCUUCACUAAGUGGGUGAACUCCCACCUGGCCAGAGUGUCCUGUCGGAUUGCUGACCUCUACAACGACCUCCGGGACGGCUACAUGCUCACAAGGCUGCUGGAGGUCCUGUCUGGGGAGAUGCUGCCGAGGCCCACGCGGGGUCGCAUGCGGAUCCACUGCCUGGAGAACGUGGACAAGGCCCUGCAGUUCCUCAAGGAGCAGAGGGUCCACCUGGAGAACGUCGGCUCUCACGACAUCGUCGACGGCAACCACCGCCUCACCCUUGGCCUCAUCUGGACCAUCAUCCUUCGCUUCCAGAUCCAGGGGAUUAAGAUCGAGUGUGACGACAACAGGGAGACGCGAUCGGCAAAGGAUGCCCUACUACUCUGGUGCCAGAUGAAAACCGCUGGGUACUCUGAGGUCAACAUCCAGAACUUCACCACAUGCUGGAGAGAUGGUCUCGCCUUCAACGCUCUCAUUCACCGACACAGGCCUGAUUUGAUUGAGUUCCAUAAGCUGAUCCGGUCCAAUGCCACACACAACCUCCAGCAAGCCUUCAACAUUGCUGAGCAGAACCUAGGGCUCACCAAACUCCUGGACCCUGAAGACGUGAAUACGGAGAACCCAGAUGAGAAGUCGAUAAUAACCUAUGUUGUGUCCUACUACCAUUACUUCUCCAAGAUGAAAGCCCUUCGAGUAGAGGGCAAGAGAGUGGGAAAGGUGUUGGACAAUGCCAUUGACGGUCAGAAGAUGAUCGAUCGAUAUGAGGCUCUGGCCUCGGAGCUCCUGGAGUGGAUCGAGAAGACCAUAGGCAUCAUCAGCAACCAGAAGUUUGCCAACUCCUUAACGGGUGUCCAGCAGCAGCUUCAAGCCUUCACCACCUACUGCACCAUCGAGAAGCCCAUCAAGUUCCAGGAGAAGGGGAACCUGGAGGUGCUCCUCUUUACUAUCCAAAGCAAGCUCAGAGCUAACAACCAGAAACCAUACGUGCCUCAUGAAGGGAAACUCAUCUCUGAUAUUAAUAAGGCGUGGGAGAGGCUGGAGAAGGCGGAGCACGAGAGAGGCGUGGCACUACGGCAGGAGCUGAUUCGCCAGGAGAAGCUGGAGUUGCUGGCCCAGCGGUUUGACCACAAGACCACCAUGAGACAGGCGUGGCUCAACGAGAACCAGCGCCUCGUGUCUCAGGAUAACUUUGGCUACGACCUGCCAGCGGUGGAGGCCGCCAUGAAGAAGCACGAGGCCAUUGAGGCAGACAUCUCGUCGUACGAGGAGCGCAUCGGGGUGGUGGUGGAGCUGGCCGGGGAGAUGGAGACGGAGGGCUACUACGACAUCCGGCGCAUCUCGGCCCGCAAGGAGAACAUCCUGGGCCAGUGGAGCCUGCUGAAGGAGCUGGUGGUGGGGAGGAAGGCCCGGUUGGAGAAGAACCUGGCCCUGCAGAAGACCUUCCAGGACAUGGUCUACAUGAUCGACUGGAUGGAGGACAUGCAGGUCCAGCUCCUUUCCAAAGACUUCGGCAAGCAUCUGCUGGAGGUGGACGACCUGCUGCAGAAACACAGCCUCCAGGAAGCUGACAUCACAGUGCAGGCAGAGAGGGUGCAGACCCUUAACACAGCCGCUCUCAAAUUCACCACCAUUGAAGGCUACCAGCCCUGUGACCCCCAGGUGAUCUGCAACCGGGUCAACCAUGUCAGCACCUGCCUGGAGGAGCUCAAGCAGCUGGCGGCCAAGCGGCGCUCGGAGCUGGAGGAGUCUCAGCACCUCUGGGCCUUCUUCCAGGAGGUGGAGGAGUCUGAGGCCUGGAUCCGUGAGAAGAGCUCCAUCCUGGCCGCCCAGACCUGCGGCAAGGACCUGAGCAGCGUGCUGCGGCUGCUCCAGAAACACAAGACCCUGGCUGGGGAGCUGCUGGCCCACCGCUCCCUCCUCCAACAGAUCAUGAAGAAGGGCAAGCAGAUCCUGAUGGAGAAGAGUUUUGGCACGGGCGGCAUCCAGGAGCGCAUCAUGGAGGUGAAAGGGGAGUGGAAGAGGCUGGAGGACCAGGCGGCGCAGAGACUGGGCCACCUGCAGGAGGCACUCAACUUCUUCCAGUUCAGCACGGAGACGGACGACUUGUUGGCAUGGCUGCAGGACGCCUACCGCCUGGUUUCCAGUGAGGACUUUGGCCACGACGAGUACUCCACCCAGUCACUGCUCAAGAAGCACCGGGGUGUGCGCGAGGCCGUGGACAAGCACCGGCUGCAUGUAGUAACUCUGCGCAAACACAUGGUGGCGCUGCCACUGCACUACCGGGAGCUGGACGAGGUGCAGUCAAGAAUGGGCGAGGCGGAGCAGCUGUACGCCGAGGUGGCCGAGGUGGCCGUCCUGAGGCAGCAGUGGUUGCACGACGCGCUGGCUGUCUACCUCAUGUUCAGCGAGGUCAACGCCUGCGAGGUGUGGAUCGACGAGAAGGAGCAGUGGCUCAACAAGAUGGAGGUUCCAGAGAGGCUGGAGGACGUGGAGGUCAUAGCCCACAGGUUUGAGAGCCUGGACCAGGAGAUGAACAGCCUGAUGGGAAGGAUCCUGGACGUGAACCAGAUAGUGCAGCAGCUCCUGGACAGUGGUCACCCCAGCUCUACAGAGGUUAGAGGCUGUCAGGACCACCUCAACAGCAGAUGGAACCGCAUCGUGGAGAUGGUGGAGCAGAAGAAGGACCACCUGGACUCUGUCCUCCGUCUCCAGAACUACCUGCUGGAGUGUGCUGAGAUCAAGUCCCAGAUCCAGGAGAAGCGCAAGGCCAUCGACGAUCAGUACGUGGGGAGUGACCUGGGUGGGGUGCUGGCCCUGCAGCGCCGACUCUCCACCAUGGAGGGGGCCCUGGCCGUGCUGGAGCCCAAGCUGCUUCACCUGCAGCAGGAGGCAGAGGAGCUGGCUAUCUCGCACCCGGCCAAGGCCAUGGAGGUCCUGGAGCCCUUCGAGGGCAUCAGUGUGGAGUGGGAGGAGCUGAAGCGCACGCUGCAGGGCUGCGAGGACUCUCUGAUGGUGGCGGGGCGGCUGCAGCAGUUCAUCCAGGACCUGGACUCCUUCCUGACGUGGCUGGUGCAGACGCAGACGGCGGCAGCUAGCGACGAGCUGCCCAACGCGCUAGAGGAGGCCGAGAGGCUGAUCAACCGCCACGCGGCCCUGAAGGAGGAGAUCGGGAGGUACGAGGAGGACUACGAGCGACUGCAGGCGGUCAACGAGCUGCUGGAGGCCGAGGAGGCGCCGCUGCCAUAUGCGGCGCUGCAGCAGUGGCUCCAGAAGCUGGAUGUGGGCUGGAACAAGCUGCUGGAGAUGUGGGAGAGCCGGAGGGAGGUGCUCGUGCAGGCGCACAUCUUCCACCUCUUCCUGAGGGACGUCAAGCAGGCCGAGGCCUUCCUCAACAACCAGGAGUCAGCCUUGGCUCACGUUGAGCUCCCCACCACGGUGGAGACAGUGGAGGCUGCCAUCAAGAAGCACAAGGACUUUACCACCACCAUGGAGCUCAACCUGCAUCGCAUCAAGGCUGUCAUCGAGGCCGGAGAGAGCCUCAUUAGCCAGAGCAACAUCUACUCGGACCGCAUCAGGGAGCGUGUGGACACCCUCGCUAACAGAGGCAACCAGAACCGGGAAUUGGCCCAACAGUGGCUGGAGAGGCUCAACGGCCAGUGGGGGCUCCAGAGGUUACUACAGGACUGCCACGAGCUUGGAGACUGGGUGGCAGAGAAGAUGCUCAUGGCUCGUGACACGUCCCGCGAUGAGACGCAGAAGCUGCACAAGAAGUGGCUGAAGCACCAGGCUUUCAUGGCCGAGCUGGCCCAGAACAAGGAGUGGCUGGAGAAGAUCGAGAGGGAGGGCCAGCAGUUGAUCCAGGAGAAGCCCGAGCUGGGCCCGGUGGUGCGGAGGAAGCUGGGGGAGAUCCGGGAGUGUUGGCAGGAUCUGGAGAGCACCACCCAGGCCAAGGCCCGCCAGCUGUUUGAAGCCAACCGGGCCGACCUGCUGGUGCAGAGCUACACCAGCCUGGACCAUCGGCUGCACCAGCUGGAGGGACAACUGGGCUACGUGGACCAGGGUCAGGACCUGACUAGCGUCAACAAGCAUCUCAAGAAGCUCCAGGUCUCUUCCUCUUCCUCAUAUGCCGGGGUGGCGAUGAGCCGCAGCACCUUGCAGCUACUGACACGAGAGCACUCUAGAUCCUGCACGGAGAAGUUCACAGAGUUUGCGACGGAGACGGGCAGCGUUGGUCAGGGGCGUGUGACGGCGGUUAACCAGAUGGUGGACGAGCUGAUCGAACUACGGCCACGCACCGACGACCGACGCGGGCAUGAGGGACGUCCGGCAAGUGACGGCGUGAACGAGGCCUUGGGCCGACCUCCUGGAGCUCAUGGAGACCCGGGCACAGAUGCUGGCCGCCUCGCACCAGCUCCAAAAGUCUUGGCCCAAAUCGAUGAUAAGCAGCGGAGCUGCCGCGGGUGCGGGCACGCCGGGUGGCACUGCCAACACCACACCCUGCAGAGGCUCAUGCAGAGCUUCGAGCACGACAUCCAGCUGCUCGUCACUCAGGUGAGCUCCAGGAGAGUGCGGGUAGCUCCGGACCAUCUACGCCGGGCAGAGGCUGAGGCCAUCGCCGGCCGGGAACAGGAAGUGAUGCAUUGCUGGAGGCUCUUGACUUCCUGCGAGGAGUGCCGAGUGCAGAUCACCACGGCAACAGACAAGCUGCGGUUCUUCGGGGUGGUGCGAGACCAGAUCAUGUGGAUGGACAGCAUCAUCUCUCAGAUCGGCACAGGGGACAAUCCAAGGGAUGUGUCCUCAGUGGAGGUACUGAUGAACUACCACCAGAGCUUGAAGAGCGAGGUGGAGGCGCGCAGUAAGAGUGUGCUGCAGUGCAUCGAGAUGGGCAAGACGCUGCUGGCCGCGCGCAACCCUGCUGCUGAGGAGAUCAAGGAGAAGCUGGAUAMGGUGGUGGCCAAGCAGUACGAGCUGUCUGAGAAAUGGGACAAACACUGGGAGGUCCUACAGCACAUGCUGGAGGUGCACCAGUUUGCGCAGGAAGCGGUGGUGGCUGAGGCCUGGCUCACGGCCCAGGAGCCCUUCAUCAACAGCAUGGAGCUGGGCGCCAGCGUGGACGAGGUGGAGCAGCUCAUCCGCCGCCACGAGGCCUUCCGCAAGGCCGCCGCCACCUGGGAGGAGCGCUUCAGCUCGCUACGACGCCUCACCACGGUGGAGAAGAUGAAAGCAGAGCAGAGUAAGCUCCCUCCCACCCCCCUGUUGGGUCGAAAGGUGUUCCUGGACCCCCAGGAGAYGUCCCCUGCCCGGAGCCAGGGCUCCCCCCUGAUGAGACGGAUCAUUUACGAGCAGGCCGAGCACAGAGCUGAAAGGCCCUCCCAGGAACCCUUGCCCUCCUCCGUGGCCCGCCGCUUGGGAUCCACCGUGGCCAACUACACCCCCAUCAUGAACGGCUCUAGUGGCUACCGCAGCAGCCUGGAGGCCUGGGCCAUCCCCGGGAUGGGGGGAGUGGUUGGAGGUGUAGUGGGGGUGGCAGCCGGCCUGGGAACAACCGCCAUGGAGGCCAGAGGGGUAGCAACAAAUUUAGGGACCACAACCGCCAUGGAGGUCCGAGGGGUGGCAACAGGGUUGGGGACUGCCGCCUCGGAAGCCAGGGGGUUGGCAGUAGGAUUGGUCACCCCCGCGGUCGAGGCCAAAGGGAUAGCUGCAACCUUGGUGACUGGUGCAGCCGCAGCAGUGGAGGUGAAAGCCUCACAGUACCUCCGGCAGCCUAAGAUCAAACACAUGGACGACAUGGUGACGCCCAUGCUGGUGGCCUGUAGGCUGGAGAAGGUGAGAGAGAAAGAGGUGAGGGAGAAGGAGGCGAGAGAGAGGGAGCAGAGAGAGAGGGAGAGAGAUAUUGUGUUAAUGGAACCAGCGCCGGUCAUGCCGGUGAUGGCCGAGGUGGUGCUCCAGGAGAUGGGGAGGGAGGGGAUGGGCAGGGAGAGGCUGAAUAGCGAGCCCAGCAGCAGAGACCACCGGGCGGGGAGCAGCCGGUCGGAGCCCCAGCAGAGAGACAGGGACAGAGACAGUAGGGACAGUAGGGACAGUCACAGGGAAGCCAGGCUGGAGCGCCAGCACUCCAGUGAGGUGCUGAUGAUCCAGGCGCGGCGGGAUGAGCUGCCCCAGGAGGUGUGGCGGGAACGGGCCGAGCGCAAAGAGAGGAAGAAGGCAGACGUCCAGCGAGCAGGAGGGCACGGACACGAGGGCCGGAGGAAAGACCGCACCGGACGGAGAGACAGGAGUCCAGUGAACACGACACAGCCAAGGAGCAGUCAGACAGACGUUCUACUGGAGCAGCUAAAAGAGAGAGAGGCAGCAACGGCCCGAGGGGAGGUCUCUAAAGUGCCGAACGGCGUGCCAGAGAWGUCUUCCGGACGUCCAGACCGGCCGCGAGCACGGGACCGCCCUAAGCCCCGGCGGAGACCCAGGCCCAAGGACCACUCUGCAGGAGAGGCCACCACCCGGCGGUCACGCUCGGCGCCAGAGCCAGGGAUGGCCCAGAGUGUGAGCCCCUCAGUCCCCCAGCCGCCCAGCCACACAGCCCACCACGAGGGCUUCCUCUUCCGCAAGCUGGACAUCGAGACCAUGAGGAAGAGCUCUAACAGCAGAUCCUGGGUCAACCUGUACUGUGUGCUGAACAAAGGAGAGAUAGGCUUCUAUAAGGACGCUAAGAACACCACCACACCUUACAACAACGAGCACAUGCUCAACCUCGGCCACUGCCACUGCGACGUCACCCUUGGAUACAAGAAGAAGAAAAACGUCUUUACACUUAAAACGAAAGACGGAAGUGAAUUUCUGUUCCAUGCAAAGGAUGAGUCACAGGACGAUCUAAAGGCCUGGACCACCAACAUCAACAAGAGCAUCGCAGAGCAUGAGGAGAUUGCCAAAUGGGGUCAGCCCCAGCCUACUACCUCAUCCACGGACGAGGGCACGCGCCGCGACGGCAGCAAGGCCGAUAACAAGUCAGAACGGGGAGAAAAGUCUGACCGGGGGGAAAGGCCGCAGAGAGCCGAGCGCUCUGAGAGGUCGGAUAAGGGUGAGACCAAAUCGGACACCAAGCGUUCAGAAAAGUCCAGCAAGAAGAAAUGAGUUUGAUGUUGUGCGGUGGGUGGGGGAAAGGGAGAGGGGUAUAAAAGACUUCCAAUCAAGACCCAACCCUUUCCUCUCAUCUGUCUGCUUCAGUUCUGUUUAGUGUCGAAAAAGACAGGAAAAUCACCCUGGUGAACUGACAUGAGGGAUUUGAAGCACGAAUAUCAGUGUACCCCUCCUCGUUGCCCUCUCUCUUCAUCUCUGUUGCUCUAAGGGUGUCAGACCUGGUCACUAACACUUAUUGCCUGGCUCGUUCCACCUCUGCCCUCUGGUGGUGAUACCGGUGCACUGCAGAAAGCAGAUGAUCCUCCUAGUCAGGGCAGCAAUGUGAGAGAGAUGGACACUCAUGUAACAAGAGGGUUGUCACUGGUAGUAUGAAAAAGUAGCUCAUAACGUUUUACGUUUAUUUUUUGUAAGAGAUGAGCUGUAUCUGUAUGCAACUCUUGUCUGUCUAUUUAUGUAUUGUAUGUCUAGAACAUCCAAUUGUAUACUCCCAAACAAAAGAGAAUGAAAUAUGCCUAAAUGUUUUUCACAACUGGCCUCUUUUUGGAGAACAAUUAUUUUCUGUUUCCUUUUUUGUAUUUCUGCUCGUUCACUCUGCCAUCAUUCUUUUCUGGACUCUCUUUUCUCACUUUGACUUUCUUCAGUACAAAACUGUAAUAUCAUCAAACUCAUCCAAAUUGAAUUUGUACAAUUCAACAUUGAGCCAGAGGAGAAAGCGAAGAGGCAGGUAACAUCAGCCUUCACAAAGCUUGUUCUGGCUUUUGAAUGGAUGACCUGGAACCUUUACCCGGAGGCUGGCCCCCACGGCCAUACUCAGCUAUGCCUUCAUCUGGGGCCCCCGAGAGGCCCCCAGGGACCCAGCAGCCAUAGCCACCCAGCACCAGAGGGAUAGGACUGGAAGCCAUCUCGCAAGACCAAACCUCCCCCUUUCUUCUCAAAGACUAUCAGAUGGUGGUAAUCGCAUUCCACAUACCCAGUCAACAUUAUUUUUGUCCAUUCAGAAAAUAUCACAAUGCUUUUUAUAGACAGUCAAAGAGAAAUUAAGUUGUGUGUGUCUGAGCAUGUGUGUGCGGGUGUGUGUGUGUGUCUGUUCAGCUGCUCACCACUCCCAGGGUUUUCAUAGCUCAGGUUUUUUCGUUCACAUCUGCGUCCUCAGUUCUCCCUCAGUCUUCCAGGCACUGCCGUUCCACAGGCCAGGCUUCUAACAGCUCAACUAACCACAGGAGUUGAUGAGGACACAGCAAGGAUCUAAGUUCAGGGGCCACACAGAAGUGAUAUGGUGCCGAUUGGUCACUCCAAGGCCUCAGGAGUGCAAGUCGAUGUCAGAUGGAUGUAAACAAAAGCUUCUGGAUGAAUGAAUCACAUGCAUGUCUUGCUUGGGAUAUAAAUCUCUUGUUGAGAGGCUUUGCAUAGCAGUCCGAUCCUAUGUUCCUCUCACAGUAUGUAGCGAUCAGCAACGAUGUUCACUUUGUCCCUCUCCAUGCAUCAUACAAUACAAUUAUCUGUUUUGUCUUAGCACUGCAAAGCCAUAUUUGGUAACGGGAAGUCUCACAUUAUGGAAGCUAGUGGACAAAUCCUUUGCCUGUUCCUUACAUCAGAGAUUUGUACAGAAGUGAGGAGUGACGGAGACGAGAUAGUACAGUGCAAAUAUCAUGAAAUCUUUCCUGAGUAGCUUUUUCUACCUUGUUUUUUAAACACAUUUUAUGCAUCUAUAUAGGCGUUGAAUGCCAAACCAAUGCAAUCCACAACAAGGCAAGGAUCAGCAGAACUUAUUUUUGAAUGAACAUAACUAUCACAUGGAAUGUGAAAUACAGUACAAUACAUGACAUAGGACACACUCAGAUAGGGCACUGUGGACAUCUGUGAGAUUCUGUGGUGAAUUUUGAGAUUUGUAUGACACACUACUGAGAGGCAUACAGUACAAUUAGCAUAGUGUAGUGGGAGGAUACUAGCAAUAAACUGCUAGUCUGCCAAAUUCUUGCAUUCAGGAGUUUCACUGUGCAGUAUUCACUACUAUCUAUUGUUUAGAGUAGACUUAUCUUGCCUGGGCAGCUCAUAUGGAGGAUGUCUCAUUCCAAAAACAAUAUGCUCAAUAAAAACGAGUUGGUUUCAAAUUGAUGUACGCAACUGUCUUAACACUAAUUUGGAUGUGUCCGAAUGGUAACUUUGUUUGGAAAUGUUGCUUACCAUUGCAUUCUCUGUGUACUGCUGUCACAGAUAUCCUAUUUGUAUACCAUAGUCUCACUCUAAACAGAUUGUAUACAGUCAAAGUAUUAUGGUGGCUUAGGGAGGUUGCCAGGAACUUAUUGUUGAUGCGAAAAGAGAAUUUAUAUGCAACUUUUCCUUUGCACUAAAACACUCCCCCAUUGCACAGUGCUAUUGCUUGAGGAGCAGUGGUGCUUAAGGGUCGGAGAGGGAAAUGUGUUUAUUUCAUUACAGGAGAAUGUUUGAAUUAUCUUCAUGAAUGAACAUUAAGUACACUAGCCUGAAAAGUCUGAGAGUAUCAUGUUCAACCAUGAUAUGAGAUUUCACACUGCAGUUUUUCAUGCUCGUCUUGCUUGCUACACUUUACUAACAGCUGGAAUUCCAGCUACAAUGCAUGAAGUACGAGUUUCGAAAAGACAUCACAUCCUAAAACCAAACAGGCCUAUACAAUUAUUCAUGCUAUCUGGAUAAAUUACCAGUAGUCAUUUUCCAAAUGUGGGCCAGCACGUCUGUUGUCAUGGCCAAGGGCCCGAUCCAUGUUAUCCUGUACUUUUCUGUUUCACAGAGGGCAAUUUGAGCUUAUAGACUUUCAAAUGACAAACCAGCUGGAUGUUGUUAAUGACUAGAAAGCACAAUUUUAUAACCUACAGUUGAUACACACAAGCAUUAACAUGUCAUAGGGAGACUUGUGAGAGGAAUCCCAUUAUUGAUACAAUGCUUCUGUAUUAGCUGUGCACUCAUGAUGUUUCAGUUAUGUUAGAACAUCAUUGCGUAACUGGGCAUCUGUAAUGUGUGAUGUGCGUUAAGUCCUGGAGUGCUUCCUUCAUGAAAGCAUUCACACCGCAACUGUUACAAAUCAAUAGUCUAAUGCCAUUAUAAACCAAAAUCCGUAUUUUCUAGAAUACGUUAUUUUUUUCAUUUCAGGGAAUAAUGAUUACGUUGCUGUUUUCAUCCAGGAUGUUCCAUUGUUAUUUGUUGACAAAGUCGAUGCUCAACACCUACUGUUCAUUUCCUGACCUUUGACCCUAGAGCACCACUGUUUUUUGGGAACUACUGAAUGGAUGUUUUGCAAAGUUCAACAGCUUGAUGACCUGUACAAUAUGUAAUUGCUUAAAGUAUUUUCUGUAAAGAAAGAAUUACAUGUUAGUUUUUUUUUUUUGCUGUGAAAGGGAGAAAAUGUUUUUUUGGGGGGGGGGUUUCAACAAAUUGAAAUAUCCAUGGGGCAAAUGGUUCAUUUGUACAACAUCAAUGGAAAACAUCACAAUAUCAGGACACAGAAGUUGCAUGAAUUACAUAGUCGCUAUUAUGAUACUGCUCUGCAUGUUUUGAAGUCUCAUCCCGUCGCUAUACAAUCACUGUACAAUAAUGGGGUGACACACUUACGUACAUGGAAAAGGUGAAUGAAUGAAUAAUAAUGUAUAAAACAGAUCCAACUUAAAACCA